CGUCGAGAAGAUCGUAGGGCGCCGGGAUCGUGCGCGUUGUGCAUGAGAGCUCGCCUAGUACCCAUAGAACAGGAGAGACCCAGCAGAGCGGCCGCGUCGUUGCGAAAUCGAGCAGGAAAGACUUGGGGGCCCGGGGAAUGACUGUGAGAGCCCAGUCCACCGCCGGGCCUGGCGCAGGAGCCGAGACACGCCGAAAUCGCAAGAGUGGAAAGCGCGAGGUCGUACAGUAAACAUGAGAGUGUCAAACUGUGGCUGCGCCAUCGAGAGGUCGCAAAAUCGAGUGGGAGGGCGUCGAGUUCUCCCCGGGGGGCCAAAUCUAGCCAGGCGGACUUUGUGCCGCUUAUAAAUGGCCCCAGAAUGGCGUACCUGCAAUGCCGGAGCUGUACGCGCACUGGGAGGCCGUCGCGCAGCCGUACAAGUGGAGGCGGGAGGUACACGCAGACAAGCGCCCGCCCGCCGCCCACAACUCGUCCAAGCCUGCCGUGCUUCUCUCUCUCGCACCGCCACCUCCUCGCCUCCUCUCCCCCGGCUCGCCUGUACCUCGCGGUCUCGCCCCGCCCCUCGCCUGAUUCUGGCUCACGGCUCGGCAACUUCUCGGUGUCUGGCCCGCUGAUAGGACUUGCUCGCUGGGCUCGAUGUCUUGCUGGGAGAAGAUUCCUGUGCCCGCCCGACUCGAUUGGCUGUCGAUGCCCCACCAGGUAAGUGGCUUCUUCUGGCGGUUCCGGCGCUCGAGCACUGGCUGCGAGUCGUCCGAGAAGGCCGUGUCAGCGGCUGUACACCGGCUGUUCCCGCGCCCUCGAUGCUCGUCGUGUACGGCCGCAACAUCUUGUCGCCGCCGGGUGCUGGCUGCGCGUCGACGCCGCGCACUGAUGCUGCUGAAAGACUGGCAGGUGAGUGAAGAGUCCGCGAACAGAACACAGGUGAGUGCUGACUUGCGUACCGCCCCGCGCACCCUCCUCAGCGCCCGCGGCCACGUGUUGGUGGCUGCCGCGACGCGACGCGUCGCGAGACGAGCGACGGCUGCCCAGGUAAGUCGCGAGAGGUAGGUCGAUGCUCAGAGCGAGUGCUUACGUCGAUACGAGCUCCCACGCGCCAGCACAAUGCCCACGCGCGCGCCCAUCCGCCAAGUCGCCCUCCGCGCCCUCGCCCGUGCCUGCCGCGGCCCUCGACUGCCCGCGCCCGCGCCUUCCGCGCCCUUCCAUCUCCGUGUCGUCUUCAUAGGGCUUCUCCUCUCGCCCCCGGCCACCUGCGGCCUUCGACGCGCUCCCAGUGCGUGUCCCGGCUGCGAGACGCCCUCUGACGGCCCCAGAUGCGUCCCUGCGUGCGCAGGACGUCGUUCUUCGUGUUAGCGCUUGUGGCAUCUCCAACAUGAUCUCGGACACCCUGCGGCUGCGACGUCGCCUCAGGCGUCGCCCUCCGCC